AUGAUGACCGAAAGUGACCGAGACGAGAAGCAGCCCGUGUCGUCGGCGGCCGAGACCCAGCCCAUCAGCGACGCCGCCGCCGCCGCCGCCGCCGCUGAGAAGCGUCUGGUCCGAAAGACAGACAUGCUCAUGAUGCCAGGCCUCGCCCUGGCCUACUUCACGCACACCCUCGACCGCGCGAACCUGGGCAACGCGAAGACGGACGGCAUCGAGGACGACCUCGGGAUGGAGGGGAACCAGUUCUCCCUGCUGCUGGUGCUCUUCUACGUCCCCUACGCGCUGUUCAACAUCCCCUGGACCAUCCUGGCGAAGAAGUACAACUCGUCGCUCGUCAUCCCGAUCGCCGUCGCCGCCUGGGGCGCCUGCACCCUGGGCGCCGCCGGCACGACCGACUUUGCGGGCAUCAUGGCGACACGCAUCAUCAUGGGCGCCGUCGAGGCGGCAUACAAGCCCUGCGAGGUGUACUACCUCUCGCUCUUCUACACGCGCAAGGAGAUGGGGUUCCGGGUCUGCUGGAUCGGGCAGAUGGGCUUCAUUGCCGGAGCCGUCAGCGGAUUGAUCUCCUGGAGCGUGUUCAAAUGGGACGGAAAGCUGCAUGUAAGUCGAGAAACCCCCGUAAACUCUCUGCUCACGCCACCGCCGCGGCGAGAUAUUCACAUGGUACUUCAGGGCUGGCGAUACCUCUUCAUCAUCGAAGGCGCCAUCACUAUUGCGGUGGCCAUAUUCCUAUAUCUCUUCGCGCCCCGCAGCCCCGAGAAGUGUCGCUGGUUCACCGACGAGGACCGGCGUCUGGCGGCGCUGCGUCUCGAGCAGGACUCGCAGGACCAGGACAAGAAGUUUCGCUGGGAGGAUGCGAGGAGGCAGCUGCAGCACUGGCAGACGUGGGCUUUUGCCUUUCUCGCCCUGAUGUACGGCGUUGGCGUGGCCAGCAGCUCCAACUUUUUGCCCACACUCGUCAAGCGCUUGACAAAAGAUACUACCAAGGCCAACCUCUACACCGUCGGGCCGAACCUGACGGCCUCCGUCUGCCAGCUCACUAUCACCUGGUUCUCGGACCGCUACCAGCAGCGGGCCUCCAUCUCGAGCGGCACGCUGGUCGUCUCGCUCCUCGCCUGGAUCCUGCUCGGGACGCUGGACCUGGUGCGGCACGAGAGGGUCGGCUACUUCAUCACCUACCUCAUCACCUUCGCCACGUUCGUGCCCUCCAACCUCAUCCCCGUCUGGCUGGCGUCCAACGUGCCGACAACAACGGGGCGGGCUGUCGCUCUGGGCCUGAACUACAUGGCCAUGAACCUGGCGGGAGUCGUUUCUUCCAUGGUGUUCCGGGCGGAAGACGCGCCGGUGUACCGUCCGGCUCUCAUCACCGUCGGUGUCACGCAGGGCAUCUUCAUCGUCGCUUGCUUGGCGCUGAGGCAGUACUACGUCAACCUCAACAAGAAGCUUGAUUCCGGGGAGUUGGCCUUUGCGCCGGGAAUGGAGGCACGGCCCGAGUACCGGUAUGCCAUCUAA